AUGUCCAAACCAUCAAUCGGCUUCGUCGGCCUAGGCGCCAUGGGCUUCGGGAUGGCCACAAAUCUCGUGAAAGAGGGCUACCCAGUACACGGCUUCGACGUGUUCCCAGCUUCAGUAGAGCGCUUCAAGGCCGCCGGCGGAAUCCCAGCAUCAUCACUCCGGGACUCAGCCAAGGGAAAUGAUUUCUAUGUUUGUAUGGUCGCCUCAGCGCCGCAGGUGCAGAGCGUCCUUUUCGGUGAUGAUGGCAUUAUCGCAGCUCUCCCCCAAAACGCAACACUUCUUCUCUGCUCCACUGUCCCAGCAUCAUACGCCCAAUCCGUCGCUGCAGAGCUGGUCUCCGUCGGCAGGGGCGAUAUAGCCUUCAUCGAUGCACCCGUGUCUGGUGGUGCACUCCGCGCUGCGGCGGGCACGUUGUCAAUUAUGGCUGGUGCUCCCGAUGCCGCGCUGGAGAAAGGCCGCUUCCUGCUACAGGAGAUGUCGGAUGCGAAUAAGCUGUACCUUGUCCCCGGCGGGAUUGGCGCAGGUAGUAAUAUGAAGAUGGUGCACCAAGUGUUGGCUGGUAUCCACAUUUUGGGCGCUAGUGAAGCUCAGGGAUUUGCGGCCCGACUGGGGUUAGAUGCGAAGAAGACUGCGGAGGCGAUUAAGUCCAGUCCGGCUUGGACUUGGAUGCAUGAGAAUCGCUUGCAGCGGAUGUUGGAGGAGGAUUGGCAUCCUGGUGCUAGUGCUUUGACUAUUAUUCUUAAGGAUGUGGGGAUUAUCACGACGUCUGCGCGCCAAAGUCAAUUCCCGACUCCGCUUUGCUCCACUGCUGAGCAGGUUUAUUUGUCUGCGUUGUUGCAGGGAUAUGGUGCUGUUGAUGACUCUUCUAUGGUGCGACAGUACUUUGCUGAGCCGAUCACGAAGGUUGCUUGUACCAAGUCUGAUAAGGAGACGGCAGAGGCGGUGCAGUUGGUGCUCGAUAUGAUGGAGGUGACUAACCUCGUUGCGGCUGCUGAGGCUAUCUCGUUUGCGCGUUAUCUCAAGGUCGAUCUGAAGCAGUUCUAUACUCUUGUUGCUGAUGCUGCUGGUGCGAGUCGGCAAUUUAUGACCAAGGGAUUGGAGAUGAUUGAGGGGCUCGGACAGGGUGCCAAUGGAGAGACUGUUGAUGCUGCUACUUCCCGUUUGGAGAAGGCCGUGCAAAGGGCGCGGGAUCUUCACUGUCCUUUGAACCUCGGCAAUGCUGCUUUGAAUGUGUUGUAUAUGGCUAAGAAGUCUGGGUUAGGUGCUGCGGGAAGUGCUAGUGUGGUGAAGGCUUUUGAUCAGUAG